AUCAUCCCCUCCCCUCGUCGGAACUGCUCUUUGAGCCUCGUCAACAUUUCUUCUUUUAAGAAUUUUAACAAUCUCCCCUCUCAACCCCCCCCUUCAGCUCUACCUUCACAGGUUGAACUGAACUACAGCACCCAGCUUUCCAGCUCGCGCUCCGGUUCACAUCCCACCACCGCCAUUCCCGGCCCAGACUUUUCAGUCUUCACCACGGAUUCACAUCAGUCAUCAUGGACUCCCUCCAGUACCUCGAGCCUGCCGGCACAUUCCGCGCAUCAACAGCCCCCACAGAAUCUCAGCUUGCCCCAACAGGACUUCGUCUUGUUCGAUUCGCCGAUCAAUCAUCGUCCACAUAGUAGCCGUACUACAUCGCAACCUUCCGCCCACGGAGGUGUAAAUCAACCACAGCAAUAUCGUAAUCAGCCGCUCUUCCCGCAGCAGAUCCCAUCGCCAUCACUGCAGAAUCAGCGAGUUGCGAACAUCAUCCAGGCAACCGGCCACUCCACGACUUCAUCGGCAUUCACCAAUCGGUUUACUACACAGAACUCGCGCCCAUCGCCGCAACAGUUCUACGCCUCGUCCGCUCCAUCUUCGUCUGUUGCUCUGAACAUUCCCAAGCAACGCCAGCACCGCCCACCCGUUCCCCUGUUUCCACAAGGUCCCGGCGGCGUGCCACCAGGCAAGAUGAACAUUCAAGGUAAUUUCACUCCGCAACACCACCUUGCUCGCCACAGAGGCUCACACAUGAGAUCAGACCUGGAUUUGGACGACUUCACCGCCUUUGAGGGCGGUGCGUCUACCACGUACUCGUCGCCAGCUCUCCCGACUGUCUUCGAUCUGAGCUCCAGCGUCUCGAGCACGGGGCAAAACCUGGCCACCGUCUCUCCUCAAGAGCUCAUGAUGAACGAGCCCUUCAUGUCAGCACCCAACUCCACUGCUUUCACCGCUUUGACUUCGCCAUCGCUGUAUAACGGUUCCCCCGAUUUCUGCGACAGCUAUGAGACCUCUCCUCACUUUGGAGGAGGAGGUGAUUUCGACUCCAACCCGGACAACUGGUUCCCCCUUUUCCCAACAACCAACACGGAACCAGAAGCCCCCAAGGAGGCGCUUGUUGGGCCUAAGCCUGAACAGUCCCCAGUAAUUACCGCCGAGGAGCUCGAAGUCAAGUCGCUGGCCUCGGGACAUCGUCGCAAGUCAAGCACUUCUCCACCAACCCGCCACUCGUCCAUCGCCGGUGUCAACUCUCGCCGCCGCGACAAGCCCCUUCCUCCCAUCAUUGUCGACGAUCCCACGGAUACUGUCGCGAUGAAGCGUGCUCGCAACACUCUUGCGGCUCGCAAGUCUCGGGAGCGCAAGGCCGCUCGCUUGGAUGAGCUUGAGGAGAAGAUUGAGAAGCUCUCUGCUGAGCGUGAUCAUUGGAAGCAAUUGGCUUUGCAACUAGGUGCAAAGGAGUAA